ACUAUUGUUAUUAUCAUAAGGUUCCUGUUCUCUUUUGACUCUCUCUGCAGCAUUGAGAAGGACGUUUACAAUAAACUGCAAAAUCUACAGAAUCGGACAAAAAUCUCUUAGUGGACAUAAGGAGAACAUAGAACAGUUAAUUUCCUGAUUUAUUAUGGCUACUCCUUCUAAAAGACAGAAGAUUCAAGAGGAAUCUACUCAGUGUGUCUGGUUACGGCUGUGUGAUGCAUUUAUCCGCACAGAUGGAAAUCUUAUUUGUCCUAUCAUCAAAGCUGAAACUUCAAUACGGGUGCUCUUUAGACUUCAAGAAAAAACUCUUGUCAUUAUUUUGCAUAAAGUGUACAAAGAAACUGGAAUGAAAACACAACAGAUCAAAUUGUUAAAACCAUUGGACACAGACUUGCAAGGAAAUCUUUUUAUUCAGUGUGUAUCUCCUUAUAUUAUCGAUAGAGAAAAAAUAAAUCAUUUCAAGGAAAGGCUAGAAUUCCACUUUUCAAAGUCUACAACAGUAAAAAAUAUUUCAGUUGACCAAGUGGAUAGUACUGAAGAGAUUAUCCAACAGCCUAUGAUUUCAGAACCUGACUUUGAAAUGCACAAACUGGAAAUAUGUUACAAGACACUUUCGAAAAUCCAUUCAGAUUUGGAUAAAAAGGAUGAAGUAUCCUUUAUUAUGGAUAGCAUUAAAAAAAUGUUGGAUGAAUUUAAAGAAAAAUACACAAGGAUUGGUAUACUCUCUCAAAACGGAAAAGGGAAGAGUUUUUUGCUCAAUUUGUUGUUCCUUUUGACAAUUGACAAUGAGGAGGAAUACCAGAACAACAACAAGAAAAUAAAACUACCAAAGGAUAUUACUGGGGAUCCAGCCAUUGAAGAGCUUGGAGAAACUAUUAAUCAACUUCCAGAUGUGGUGAAAGACUUUCUCAAAACAUAUGAAAAUAAAAAGGAUAAAUUCAAAACAGUAAUGAAGCCCAUCUGUGUUGAGUUGAAGCCUGCUGAUGCUCAUGCUGUAGAGCAAUCCAAAAAUCUUUUUUUAAGUUUACCAAACUAUUUCAAAGAGGGUGGAAGAAUUGAUACCGAGCCAUUCAUAUUGCCACAGAAAAGUUUAGAUCAAAGCUAUGACUCUACAACAAAAUGCAUCAUACAUCUGAGAUAUGGGACUGUUUAUCAGAUAAAAGUGGAUUAUUUUAGCAGUGUAGAUUUGAAACAACAAUUGUUUGAAUUCGUCUUAUUGAGCAGAAAUGAUAAAGCUGAUGUGAAGUAUGGAACUGGCUUCAAUAACCAUAUAAAGGACAAGGCAUAUGAAUGUUUGCAGUCUAGAUUUGGCAUUUUAACAGAUUCUAAUAUUUCUGAUAUUAAUGAGGAAGCUCUUCAAACAUUUAACCUGUAUAGUGACAUUGUACUCAGCGAGGAGGUUGAGAAAUUUGCAGGGAGAACUGAGUUAUAUAUUGGAUAUGGUAGAAAUUCGACAGAUGAUCGUCUUGCUGUAAAGGCUAUUUUGAAAGAUCUAACAAGUCCACACAAUUCAGACAGUGAAGAAGGGAAAUGGAAAUACAGAGUUGCUGCAGUAAAGGAAAUUGUGGUGUAUUUACCCAGCAAACUUCUGUAUGGUGGGAAAGAAAUACUGGAGAUGCCAGGAGCAGAUGAUUCAGAUGCUCUUGCUUUAGACUUUAUUAAUAAAGCUCUCAGCAAGAUUGAUGCUGUAUUCGUAGUGAGCGAAUUUUCUUUCAAAAUCAUUGAGAAGGAAGUUAAAGAUAUCCUGAUUGAGAGUGAUUUCAUGCAGAAAUGGAAAAAACAUCCCGACCGCUCCGCCAUAAUGUUGCUUGCAUAUCCAGAGAAGAAUGCCAAUUUUCAGUUUAAAAAUGGAGACAGAAAGAAAAUAGAAAGUUUGAAGAUUCAAGAGAAACAGAAAAGGUCAAAAGAGUUGAAAGAGCUCUCUAAAUUGAUUGGAAGGCCGUCACUAUCAAAAAACAUGGAGGCAGCAGUAUUUACUUCAUAUAUUCUGCCAGUGCUUCACACAUCCAUCCAUGCUCAAGAGGGAGCACCUAAUCAAGUAAUCCAGGAGCAUGCAUGUUUUCUGAAAUAUACUGGAAUAAAACAAGUAAUCUCUCAUCUUGAUACAUUUAUUUCAUCUGCAAGGAAAAAGAACUUCCAACAAUUGCAAAAAGUAUUAACAACAAACACGACUAAAAAAGGCUUAUUGGCAGAAGACGCCAGAGCACUCAUUCUUCUGUAUGAUAAAAAAAACGAAGUUAAAGCCCUCCGAGAAAAUGAACUCUUUCGUCAGUUUGAAACUUUACUAUCUAAGCUAUCUAAAAAUCUGAUAACAGUUUAUACAAGCAAACUUGAUGGACAGGUAAAAGGUAUGCUUGCUGAAAUGGCAAAAGAAGCAGACGAAAAGUGGGAAUCAAAUAAAGAAAACAUAACUUCAAUUGGUGUGUUCAACCCACACUUUUCUGGAAAUCACCCUACAUAUAAGGUGAAAAUAGCCAGAAUUAUCUUAAACAACACAGACGAUCUAAAAUCUAAAAUCUUUCCACGUCUAAAAAGCGAAAUACCUAAACUUUUAAAAAUGUUUAAAAAAGACACAGUUGACUUGUUUGCAAAUGAACUGAAUUCUGUGAUCGAUAUAGUGGGACAUAAAAAGAUUUCUUCAAGAAUUUUUGUUGAACAGUCUAUCCAAGAUGUGAUGUCCGAGGCCCAGCAAUGGUAUAUUGGCAGGAUAAUGCAGCCAAUCAAUGAACAUACAAUUGAAAAAUACUUGAAAGAGAGUAAAAAAGUCAUAUUGAGAAAGCACAUCCUUAUACCUGCUUACAACCAGAGUGACCUGAAUCAUGCAAAACAACUGGUAAAACAGAAUAUUACCAAAGCUGUGAUGGCUAUGAAGAAGGAAAUGCAGAUCCGGUUAUCAAAGCUUCAUGAUACCAGAUGGAGGAGCUUUUGUAGCCAUUUAAAAACAAGAAACAAAACCCCAAAGCCAUGGCAGGUUUUACUUUGUAAAUUAAGGCAGUUCUACGAAAGUGAAAAUACUCAGCAACCAGAUGAAUUAUCAGCGCUGUUAAAGCUGAUCACAGCUAAUAAUCCAAAGUAAUAUGGAAUGUGAAAUCGCUUCUCUCGAUAAAAGAAAUGGUGCAUAAUAAACACUUCCUAUUACUGCUAUCUUUUUACAUAAAACACAUACAUUAUAUUGCGAUGUAGGAACAGAGCGUGAAUGGAAUUGUUUCUGUAGCAUGUUUAUGUAUUCCUGGAAACCCCAAUAAGAUAAAGGGGACAAACAGAAAUUUCUGCAGUGGUAUACUACAUAAAAAUACCACGAAUAAACUAAACAAAGAAAGCAAGAAAUUAAAUUCCAUUCCCCACACCAGAAAUUUGCUAUAAUUAUACACUUUGUUUUUUUUAAUUACAAUAGUUAAAAUCCAAGCAAGGCCUAAAACAAAACAGAAACAGCCCAAGCUAAUCAGCCUAAGCGUUAGUAUUGUACAGUCAUUGCCAAAAGUUUUGAAACUGUCACAAAUUUUGGUUUUCACAAAGCUUGCAUUAACUCUAAAUUAUCAAGAAUGAUCAGAUGAAUUUCAAUUAAUCGCAAAGUCAUUCCUUGCAAUGAAAAUUCAUUUAUUCCCUAAAACCCCAUUUCCACUGCGUUUCUGCCCUGUCACACAAUGGACCUAUUCGAGCAGAUUAUUGCUAAGGAGCGUUUGUACCGAUAAUCUGCCGGUGUAAAACUUGCUGCCGAUUACUCAAUGAACAAGCAAAAUGCUCGUUCAACCAGUAAUAGGAUGGUUGGUGCGGACACCUAAAUCAUCAUUUACCGGCAGCAGAUCGAGUCGUCUAAACAGUCUCUGCUGCCAGCAAACAAUGAUUCUGUAUGAGGACGAGCGAUGGCAUUAUCACUGCAUGUGAAUGCAGCUUUGUCCUGCUUCCUUCCUGACAUUUGUCAGCCUCAUCUGUCAGUGUAAACGUUCCUUUACAACAACAAGGCAAAUUAUAUCACUUUUGCUUAUUG